AUGCUCAAGCACAAGCUCAAGGAUCGGGACGUCGACGCCGUGGCCGCGAUCUUGACGCGGCUCCAGGCCAAGGAGGCGCAUGUGCGCGAGACAGCGGCCCUCGACCUCCGCGCGGCCGUGGCCACGCUCUCGCGCGAGCUCACGUCCGAGACUUUUGCGCGAUUCCUCUCGGAGCUGACGCCACGCCUCCAGAGCCUCCUCCAGAGCCCGAGCUUGGGCGACCAGCUCGGUGGCAUCGCCGCCGUCGAAGCGCUCAUUCCCGUCGCGACCGAGGCGCAGAUCAUUCGGUUCGCCAACUACCUCCGGUCGUUCUUUGUCACGUGCGAGUCGAAGGACGGGCUGCGCGCAGCGAGCCUCGCGCUCGGGAAGCUCGCGUCGACGACCGAGAUGGGCAUCAGUGGCACGCUUGUCGCGGCCUUUGUCGACUUUGAAGUCAAGCGCGCGUUCGAGUGGCUCACGAACCCGUGCUUCAACAGCAGCCAGAGCCACCGCCGGCUCGCGGCCUGCUUGGUCCUCAAAGCGCUCGCGGUCGCGGUGCCCACGCUCUUUCACGUCAACCUCUCGACCUUCUUUGUCGCGAUCUGGCCCGCGAUCCGCGACGCCCGCGUCGACGUGCGCGAUGCCGCCACGGAUGCGCUCGCGGCGUGCCUCCAGCUCAUCUCGAUGCGCCAGACGCGCCACCGCGUCCAGUGGUACUGCAAGAUCUACGACCAAGUCCAGGAAGGCCUCAACACGCCAGCUUGGGACGCGAUUCAUGGCUCGCUGCUCGUGGUCAUGCAGCUGCUUCAGAACACGGGCAGCUUCAUGGUGCCCCGAUUCCGCGAGGUGUGCGACAUUGUCUUGUGCUACAAGGACUCGCGCGACAAACUCGUCGCGCGGUCCGUGUGCCUGCUCUUGCCGCAGCUCGCCGCGUACUGCCCCGACGCGUUUGUCCGACACUAUUUGAGCACGUGCGUGACGCACCUCAUGAAGCGCAUGACGACGUACGUCUCGGCGGCCGAGCGAGGCGUCGCGUUCCUGGCGCUUGGCCACCUCGCCUUGUCGGUCGGCGACCACUUGGUGCCGCAGCUGCCGAGCAUCGUCGAGCUCCUCCAGGACGGCAUGAAGCGCAACCGGUACUUUUGCAUCGAGACGCUCAUGUGCGUGGCGCAUUUCACGCGCGCGUGCGGCGCUGCGUUCGAGCCGUACUUGCCGUCGCUGGUCGACCAAAUGAUGGAAGGCGGGCUCAACGACCCGCUCGUCGAGGCGCUCGCCGACAUCACCAAGACCGUGCCACUGCUCUUGACAGGCGUCCAGGAGCGACUCCUCAACGAAAUUUCACUCGUCUUGCGCGGCGUGACGUUUGCGCCGUCACUUGACGACAAGCCAAUGAAAGCGCGCAAGGCCGGCCGGCGGGACGAAGCGUCGCCGGCUGCUCUCUCGCUCUCGCUCAAGACGCUCAGCUGGUUCAACUUUCACGGCCCAUUUUCGAUUCUACCGUUCGUUCGCGACAGCGUCUGCUUGUACCUCACGCACCAUGACAUGACGGUCCGCAAGCAAGCGGUGGUGGCGUGCGCCAAGCUGCUCUUGCCGACGGCCGUGCCCAAACGCGGUCCCAGCGGCCGCGUGAUCGACGACGUCUUGCAGCAGCUGCUACAGGUGGGCAUUUCGGACGUCGACUCGAACGUCCGGAAGAGUGUUGUCGAGUCGCUGGACGCGCGCUUUGACGAGUGGUUGAGCCAAGAGACGCACUUGACGCUGCUCUUCUUCCUCCUCAACGACGAAACGCCGAGUAUCCGAGAAGGCACCAUGUGUCUUUUGGAGCGUCUCGCACCACUCAACCCUGCUUUUAUCUUGCCAUUGCUGCGCCGCGUCUUGGUGCAAUUGCUCACGGAGCUCGAGCACGCGAUGGAUCUGCGCAUGCUCGAAGACAGCACACGUCUCCUUGGGCGCCUCAUUCGCGGCUCGCAGCACCUCAUCGAGCCGUACCUGGGCCGCGUUCUGCAGGUGCUCUUGCCCAAGAUCCAGCAUGGGAAUGCGAUGCAGCAGAACCUCGCCAGCGCCGUCCUGACGACCAUUGGCGAGCUGGCGCUCGCGGUGCAUGAGCCCAUGGCGGCGUACGAGCCCGCGCUGCUGCCACUCAUUCUCGACGCCCUCCAAGACCACGGGUCGAUCCAGAAGCGUCAGGUGGCGCUGGUGACGCUCGGGCAGCUGACGGGCAGUACGGGCUCGGUCGUGCAGCCGUACAUUAGCUACCCCAAGAUCCUCGACGUGCUCUUGGAUUUGCUGCAGCACACGGCGGCGACGCCGUGGCAGCUUCGACGCGAGGCCAUGAAGACGAUCGGCAUUCUUGGUGCGCUGGACCCGUACAAGUACAAGCUGUGCAUCUCGAGCGCGUCGCUGCACGAAGGCAACGUGGAAGAAGGCGGUGUCGGCCUUGGGUCGCUCUCGAUGACGCGCAAGUUCAAACCCACGUACGUACGCGUUCUGUCUUGCUCCUAUCUCAUCGCACGGUAUCAGGGACAUGGGCCCGAGCAUGGACGAGAAGCAGCAGAUCGAGCUGCAGCUGUUCACUGCAGCGCCUGUGGGCACGCGUCGCCCCGAAAAGCCCAAGUACUGUGCCUCAAGGCGGAGGCGAUUGCACUCACAUAUUGUCUCUCGCUGCCUCUUAGAAAGGUGCCGGGCAAGCGCAGUAUGAUGGCCAAGACCCUCGAGGCCGCGACCUUGCCUCCGGUGGACGGGUACCUCGACCACGAGCUGCUCGAGACGCUCGAUGUCGAUUUGGAGCUCGAGCUCGAUCCGCGCGCCGUCGCCGUGUCGUCGGAAGCGUACUUUCCGACCGUCGCCAUCCAUGCGCUGCUCAACAUUCUCAAGGAGCCGUCACUCAGUGUGCACCACUAUGGCGUGAUCCAGGCCAUCAUGUUCAUCUUCAAGUCGCUCAGCCUCCAGUGCGUGCCGUUCUUGCCGUACAUUGUGCCGCCCUUCCUCCACGUGCUCGCCCGCGGCGAGCCUCGGCUGCGCGACUCGCUCUUUCUGCAGCUCACAGUGCUCACGUCGAUCGUGCAAGCCCAUCUCGGGUCGUUCUUUCCCGCCAUUAUCGUACUGGCGCUCCGCCAUUGGCGCGCCCACCUGCCGCAGAUCGUCCGCCUCGUCGAGAAAAUUGCGGUCGCUGUGCCGAGUGAUUUCCGCAACAUUUACUUUCCCCAGCUCCUGCCCAAGAUCCUCGAAGUGCUCCAGCCGCACCCGCACUCGGACCUGCUCUUUUUCAGUGACGCGGCCGAUGGCAGUGGCACAAGUGCAGCGGCCGGUGCGCCGUCGUCGACGACCGAUGGCAGUGGCACGGGCGUGACGUCGGUUCCGAGUACGUUGCCGUCGGGCACGGAUCCGGACGGCGUCGCGCUCGACAAGAAGGAGAGCACCAAGCAUCUUUCGGUGCUGGCGUCGAUCCAGAUGCAAAUGGUGCACUUGCUCGUCGUGUGUGGGUCGUCGGUCGACGAAGCUGUGUACCUCCUCUUGCCGGCGCUGACGCGGCUUUUGGAGCACAGCGACACGGCGCUCGAGGUCAAGACGAGCAUUGUCACGUUGCUCGCGCAGCUCACGCAGCUCGGCGACUACGAGCACUAUGCGGGUCCGCGCCUUUUGUUGCCGCUGCAGCGCGCCGUGCGAUCGACGCUGCAGUCGUCGUCGGCCGUGCUUCGACCCGACAUGCGGAAAUUUGGCGACGCGGUGCUCUACUGCCUCUGCGCGGUCGCGUACCAGCUCCAGGACGGCCUCGUGCAGUACACGCCGCUUGUCAAAGCGAUCGGCCGCGUGCUCGAGACGCAGCUCGAGCUCAACAUCACGUACCUCGAGUCGCUUGUCGCCAAGCUGCUGGCGCAAGACCGCAUCGUGCGCGACGACUUGAUACACCCAUCGCUUAUGACGCCCGAGCUCCAAGCGUGGCUGGACGUGAGCCGCGAAACCCGCGCGCCCGUCGUCGUCCCUGCCGCGUCGUCGUCGUCAGUGCCGCGCCUGCACGUCAACCAGCAAAACCUCCGGCGUGCGUGGGAAGCGUCCCAGCGGUCGACCAAGGAUGACUGGCUCGAGUGGAUGCGCCGGUUCUCGAUCGAGCUGUUGCGGGAAUCCCCGUCGGCGGCCUUGCGGUCGUGCUGCUCGCUGGCGCAAGCGUACAAUCCGCUCGCACGUGCGCUCUUCAACUCGGCGUUUGUUUCGUGCUGGAACGACCUCCACGAGCAGUACCAAGACUACCUGGUGCGCGCGCUCGAGACGGCGUUCCAGAGCGACACGAUCUCGGCCGAGAUUCUCCAGACGCUGCUCAACCUCGCCGAGUUUAUGGAGCACGACGUCGAGGCACUCCCGAUCGACAUUCGCGAGCUCGGCGAAUUGGCGCAAAAGUGCCAUGCCUAUGCCAAGGCGCUGCACUACAAGGAGCUCGAGUUUCACACGUCGCCGAGCACGUGCAUUGAAGCCUUGAUUUCGAUCAACAACCAAGUCGGGCAGCCAGAAGCCGCGGUGGGCAUCCUCAAGUACGCGCAGCUGCACCACCGCAGCGUCAUCCAAGUCAAAGAGUCGUGGUACGAGAAGCUCCAAAACUGGCAAGGCGCGCUCGACUUGUACGACGCCAAGCUCGCCGAGCCGACGACGACGGGGGCACUCGACCUCGAAGCGGCGACCGGCAAGAUGCGAUGCCUCGAAGCCUUGGGCGAGUGGGAGGAGCUCGCGGCCUUGGCCAAGCAUGUGUGGGCCUCGCUUCGUCCGUCAACCGACGCGCCAUCGUCCUUGGCGUCGUCGCGCCCCAAGCCCAAGCGUGCGCCGGCGAGUUCGACGGGACCGGUGGACGACGGCAGCAGCGGCACGGACGAGUCCCAUCUGACGACCGUCGCCAUGCUCGGCGCCCGCGCCUGCUGGUGGCUCUCCGAGUGGGACACGAUGGAGCAGUAUGUGCAAGGUGUCCAGACCGACCCGGCGUUGCUCGCACCGCCGUUGCCCGGGACGGAUCCAGAACUUGGCGCGGUCGCGUCGCUCUACAAGUCGGUGCUGGCCGUGCACCACAACCAGUUUGAGGACGCGCAGAGCUGGAUCGAUGCGACCCGCAAGGCGCUGGAUACGACGCUUGGUGCGCUGGUCGGCGAGUCGUACAUUCGCGCGUACCGUACGGUCGUGACGCUGCAGCAACUCUCGGAGCUCGAAGAGAUCAUCACGUACAAGAAGCUGCGGCUCCACGUCGGCAAGGCGGACGAGGCCGCCAAGUACAAGCGGCGCAUGGUGAAAAUGUGGCAGACGCGGCUCACGGGCUGCAAGCGGGUUGUGGACGUGUGGCAGCAACUCCUUGCCGUGCGAUCGCUCGUGCUGGCGCCCCACGAAGACAUUGAGACGUGGCUCCAGUUUGCGAGUCUCUGCCGGCAGUCGGGCAACCUCGCCCUCUCGCUCAAAGUGUUUACGCACGCGCUGGCCGUGCACACGCCGGGACUCGAACUCGCGACAAAGACUGCGUCGUCGUUUCGCGGCCCUGGGUUUGCCAACAUGGGCUUUUCAACGCUUGGGUACUCGGAGAAGGACCACCACCGUGUUGCGUUUGCCUACCUCAAGCAUCUCUGGGCCGUCGGGGAAAAGCAAAAGGCGCUCACCGAGCUCGGGACGCUCGUGCAGACGCUCUCGCGUCGGUCGCCCCUCACAGUCGGCGCCGUGGCAACCAAUCAAGACGAGGAGAUUGUCAAGUGCCACCUCAAGUGGGCCGAGUGGCAGCUCGCCAUCCACGAGCAGCAACUGGACCGUGUCCCGAUCGCGGCUGUGCUCAAUGCGCUCAAGACGAGCACGGAGCUCGAGCCGUCGAGCUACAAAGCGUGGCAUGCGUGGGCGCUCAUGAACUUUCAUGUGGCCGAGUACCACUCGCAGCUACCGCCAGGGUCCAACCAGGUCCUGCUACCGGGCAAGACAGAGGCGUCGGACCUCGGGCCAUACAUUGCGUCCGCGAUUGAAGGCUUCUUCCGGUCGAUUGCACUCGGCCGGUCGCGCUGGGCCGCCAACGUGCAGCAAGAUAUCCUGCGUGUGCUCACGCUUUGGUUUGCGUACGGCCACCGCUCGGACGUCCACGGCGCGCUCGUGUCUGGUUUCCAGAGCGUGAGCAUUGAGACGUGGCUGAUUGUGAUUCCGCAGCUCAUUGCGCGGAUUCAUUCGCCGCACCCGCGCAUCCAGAGCCAGCUGCAUCGGCUCUUGUCGGCGAUCGGGACGCAGCACCCGCACGCGCUCAUCUAUCCGCUCAGCGUCGCCCUCAAGUCGCCGCUCGAGGUCCGGCAACGCGCGGCCGAGGCCAUUAUGAACUCGAUGCGAAAGAACUACGUCGACUUGGUCAACGAAGCCCUCCUCGUGUCGCGGGAGCUCAUCCGCGUCGCGAUCCUCUGGCACGAACUCUGGCACGAAGGCUUGGAAGAAGCGUCGCGCUUGUACUUUGGCGAGCACGACGUCGAAGGCAUGAUGGCGGUGCUUGAGCCAUUGCAUGCCAUGAUGGACAAGGGACCUGAGACGCUGCGGGAAGUGAGCUUCCACCAAGCGUUUGGGCGCGACCUCAAGGAGGCGUACGACUGGAUCCAGCGCUAUUUGAGUCCGCACGGCGCCAAGAACGAGUCGGACUUGAACCAGGCGUGGGACCGCUACUACCACGUCUUUCGCCGCAUCAACAAGCAGCUGCCGCAGCUCACGACGCUCGAGCUGCAGUAUGUGAGCCCGAAUCUGCUCCACGCCCACGAGCUCCAGCUGGCCGUGCCCGGCACGUACCGCGCGGGCCAUGCGAUCGUCAAGAUCCGGUCGUUUGUGCCGACGAUGCUCGUGCUCACGUCCAAGCAGCGCCCGCGGCGCAUCACGAUCGUGGGCACGAACGGCCUCGAGUACAUGUUUCUGCUCAAGGGCCACGAAGACCUGCGCCAGGACGAGCGCGUCACGCAGCUCUUUGGGCUCGUGAACGCGCUUUUGAUCAACGACCGGACGACGUCCAAGAAGGACCUCAAGAUCACGCGGUACCCGGUGAUUCCGCUGAGCCACAACGCGGGCAUUGUCGGAUGGGUGCCCAACUGCGAUACGCUGCACCAGCUCAUCCGCGAUUACCGCGAGGCGCGCAAGAUCCUCCUCAACAUUGAGCACCGGCUCAUGCUGCAGAUGGCACCCGACUAUGACGUGCUCUGCCUGCUUCAAAAGGUCGAGGUGUUCCAGUAUGCGCUGGAGAACACGGCCGGCCAAGACCUCUACAAAGUGCUCUGGCUUAAGUCGGAAAAUUCGGAGGUGUGGCUCGACCGCCGCACCAACUACACGCGGUCGCUGGCUGCCAUGUCCAUGGUGGGGUAUAUCCUCGGCCUUGGCGACCGCCACCCGUCCAACUUGAUGCUGCACCGCUUCACGGGCACGAUCGUGCACAUUGAUUUCGGCGACUGCUUUGAGGUCGCCAUGCAGCGUGAAAAGUACCCCGAGAAGAUCCCGUUCCGGCUCACGCGCAUGCUGACCAACGCCAUGGAGGUGAGCGGCAUUGAAGGCAACUUUCGGUUCUCGUGCGAGUCGGUCAUGCAAGUGCUCCGCGACAACCGCCACUCGCUCAUGGCGAUGCUCGAGGCCUUUGUCCACGACCCGCUCAUUUGCUGGCGCCUCCUCGCACCCAACGUGUCGCCGGCGACGAAGGAAAAGCUGGCCGAGUUUGAACCGCCCAAGUCGGUCAAGAAGCCAGCGCCCGUGGUCGCCGUGCUGCCGUCGGAGCCCGCCGUUGUGCCGCCCGUCGUCCUCGCGCCCGUGCCAGAGGUGGCCGUUCCCGUGGUCGAUGAGCCGCCGCCACCACCGAUGACAACGACGGACGCGGAAGCUCCCCCUCGUCCGCCGCAGCACCCGCCCGUGGUCUCGCAGAGCUUGAGCAAGUCGAUUGCGUUCAAGCGGAACGUCAUGCCCAACCUGGAGACGCACCAGCUGCACCAGCCCGAGCGCCGUCCGUCCUUCUCGAACGGCGGUCGGCCGCCCAUGCAUGAAAGCGGCAACAACCCGAACCUGCACUUGGAGAUCUCCAACUUGGCUGCGAGCGUCGGCUUUAGCUUGAGCCGCAGCUUGCGCGUGAACGAACACGUGCCCCUCGACGACCACAUGGCGCCAAAGGCCGCGCCGGUCUCGGCCUCGCAAGCGGACUACGAGCUGCGCAACCGCAGCCACCGGGAGAAGGAGCUCGUGCACGCCUUAGGGCCCGAAGGUGCAGGCGCGCCCCGCGAGGCGCUCAAUGAAAAAGCCGUCGCCGUCAUCCGGCGCGUGCAGGCCAAGCUCACGGGCCGCGAUUUUGACGACUGCCGCGAACCGCUCAGCGUCUCGGAUCAGGUCCAGCGCUUGAUCACGCAGGCGGCGUCGCACGAGAACCUCUGCCAGUGCUACAUUGGGUGGUGCCCGUUUUGGUAAACAUGUACAACUUGUCUAUUGGCGA